AUUUCAAACUUUUCAAAACACCGCAGUCCCACUCCCACCCUUUUUUUUAAUAUAAUUUCCGCCAAAUUCAUUUUAAUUAAUCAACCAAUAAUUUCAUCUUUCUUAGCGUCACUCUACUUUACUCGACUCACUACAAUCCACUCUCUCUUACUCGCUCAUCGAUCUGCUUUUCGACACCAUUUUCAUGGCAUCCUAGGAAUUCCAGCAUUUCCAGAUCUAUUUCUUCUAUUUUUCAUGUUUUAAUUGCUCGACGCGUUCUUGGAGGUUGUGUUCUGGGUCAAAAUGGAAGAACCUGCUGUGCAAUCUGAGCUUCUUAUGUCUGAAAUGCCAGAGGAAUUGUGCAAUGGUUCUGCUGGUGGCGGUGAAAAGGUCAUGGCAGCAACGAGAGUAGCUGUUGGGUCUACUAAUAGGAGAGCAGAAUCAAGGAAUGGUUUAACUUCGAAAACAGCUGUGGCUAAAUCAGGAGUAAGCAGGAGUCCGCAGAGUCCAAAUGUGGUACCUGUAAGUGCAAGAAGGAUUAGCACUGGUGGGUUGGGUGAAAAACAGUCAAUUACUGUGAAAAAACAGCAGACUGGUCCUGGUUUGGCGGAGAAAAAACCCGCUGGUCCUUCAGUUUCACAGCCGUUAAGGCGAUCAAUGCCAGAUUUGAGGACGUCCAAGCUUUCUGAUGGUGGUAGAAAUUUAAGCACUGUGGGUGUCAGAGACAUGAAAAGGUUAGGGACAGUUUCACCUGGGGCUGGAACUUUGAAGACGCCUACAAGCACGAGUUCAAAUAAGAAUGAUUCUGCUAACAAGGUGGCAUUUGUACGAGCUACAGGUUCCUCAACAAAGAAGGUUAAUUCUUCUUCACCAGUAGAUAGUACAGCAAGCAACAUUACCAAAAAGUUAGUAUCAAAGAGCUCCACGCCUUCAGUUCAAUCCCCUUUGAUUUCAAGUGGAUUGAAGAAAAGCAACAAGCUUUCUUCGCCUGUAGCUCGGUCUCCAUCUGUAAGUAGUGGUAUCAGAAAGGGUACUGUGUCAGCAUCACGGGACCAGAGUUCAAGUUUAUCUGGUCGGAAGUCGGCAGCAACCCCUGAAGGCCAGGAUUCUCGCUUCAUAGUUCUGCCACAAGUGGAGACCAAAGCUGGGGAUGAUGUGAGGCUAGAUUUGAGAGGUCAGAAAAUCCGUAAUCUGAACGCUAGCGGGGUGAAUUUGUCUCACAAUUUAGAGUUUGUUUAUCUCCGGGACAAUCGAUUAUCUUCACUAGAAGGCGCUGAAGUACUGAAGAGAGUUAAGGUUCUUGAUUUGAGUUUUAAUGAUUUCAAAGGGCCAUGUUUCGAACCACUUGGUAAUUGCCAAGUCCUACAGCAACUUUAUCUUGCUGGGAAUCAGAUUACAUCACUUUCAAGCCUUCCUGAGCUUCCUAAUUUGGAGUUUCUUUCUGUUGCUCAAAAUAAGUUGAAGUCUCUCUCUAUGGCGAGUCAACCACGGCUGCAGGUGUUGGCUGCAAGCAAAAACAAAAUCUCAUCUCUAAAGGGUUUCCCAUAUUUACCAGUUCUUGAGCAUUUAAGAGUUGAGGAGAACCCGAUUGUAAAGAUUCCUCAUUUAGAAGCAGCAUCAAUUUUGCUUGUAGGUCGUACGUUAAAGAAGUUCAAUGACAGAGACCUGUCUAAGGAAGAAGUCACUAUUGCUAAGCAAUACCCUGCUCAUACUGCCCUCUGCAUUAGGGAUGGUUGGGAGUUCUCCUCCCCUGAGCGUGCUGCAGACUCCACUUUUGACUUCCUCAAUGAACAAUGGAAGGAUCAGCUGCCCCUAGGAUUUCAUCUCAAGGCAGCAUCGAUUGAUCCGCCGUUUGAGGAAGAUGCUUGCCGUUGCCACUUUAUUUUUCUUCAAAACCAUGGGAAUGACUUGAACUUGGUUUUGAAGUAUCAAUGGUAUUGCGGAGAGGGGAUUCUUUCCCCUUUCAAGGCAAUUCCUGAUGCCAUUUCUGAGGUUUAUUGGCCAAAGCGUGGUGAAGUUGAGAAGUAUUUGAAAGUUGAAUGCAUUCCUGUAUUUGCGGAGACAGAAUAUCCACCAAUUUUCGCAAUUUCCUCACAAAUCUCUCCUGGAACUGGAUGUCCAAAGGUCGUGAGCGUUGACGUGCGGGGUGACCUUGUGGAGGGAAAUAUCAUUAGGGGCUGUGCUGAGGUUGCAUGGUGCUGUGGGACUCCAGGAAAAGGUGUUUCCAGUUGGUUAAGGAGAAAAUGGAACAGCACCCCUGUGGUGAUUCCUGGUGCUGAAGAAGAUGAAUAUCAGUUGACUAUAGAUGAUGUUGAUUCAAGUUUAGUAUUUAUGUACACACCGGUAUCAACUGAAGGUACCAAAGGAGAACCUCAGUAUGCAAUCACUGAUUACGUAAAAGCAGCUCCUCCGUCGGUCUCCAAUCUACGAAUAAUUGGAGAUUAUGUUGAAGGUAACACUAUCAAGGGAGUUGGAGAUUACUUUGGAGGACGAGAAGGUCCUAGCAAGUAUGAAUGGCUGCGUGUGGAUAAGGAUACAAGAGUAUCUGAAUUGGUCUUAAGUGGAGCUGCUGAAUAUACCUUGACUCGGGAAGAUGUUGGUAGCCGUGUGGUUUUUACAUAUAUACCUAUCAAUUUUGAGGGUAAAGAGGGUGAAUCUGCAUCUGCGUUUUCUGAUAUAGUUAGACAAGCACCUCCAAAGGUUACAAAUACAAGAAUAAUUGGUGAACUAAGAGAGGGAAGUAAGAUUGCGGUAAGUGGUACAGUCACUGGAGGAACAGAAGGGGCAAGCAGAGUUCAGUGGUUUAAAACAAGUUCUUUUACUUUAUCUGGGGAGGACGGCCUAGAAGUUUUAAGCAUGUCCAAAAUUGCAAAGGCAUUUCGUAUACCGUUGGGAGCCGUUGACCACUAUAUUGUUGCAAAAUUUACUCCAAUGACACCUGAUGGUGAAGCCGGUGAACCAGCUUACGUAAUAUCCGAGAAGACUGUUGAGACUCUUCCUCCAAGCCUGAAUUUCUUGUCAGUCACUGGUGAUUAUGCGGAAGGUGAAUUGUUGACAGCAUCCUAUGGUUAUAUAGGCGGUCAUGAAGGCAGAAGUAUUUACAACUGGUAUCUUCACAAGGAUGAAACUGCAUUAGGCACUUUAAUAAAUAAGGCUUCGGGGCAUCUUCAGUACCGAAUUCCCAAGGAAGCUAUCGGUAAAUUUAUCUCCUUCAGAUGCACACCUGUUCGAGAUGAUGGUAUGAUUGGCGAAGCAAACAUUUGCAUGGGACAAGAGCGUGUUCGUGCUGGAAGCCCAAGGUUGAUUUCAUUGCAAAUAACUGGCCAGUCUGUUGAAGGAUCAGCAUUGGUGGCUGAGAAAUUAUAUUGGGGUGGUGAAGAGGGAGAGUCAGUGUUUUGCUGGUUUCGGACUGAUUCGGGUGGGCAACAAGUUGAAAUCAACGGUGCUGUCUCAGCAUCAUAUACACUUUCGGUUGAAGAUAUUGGAUGUUUGAUAUCAGUAUCCUGUGAACCCAUUAGAAGUGAUUGGGCACGUGGUCCAGUAGUACUUUCUGAACAAUUUGGUCCCAUAGUACCUGGUCUUCCAUCCUGUGAGGCACUGAAGUUCUUUGGAUCAAUGAUGGAAGGGGAACGAUUGACCUUCAUUGCAUCAUAUAGUGGAGGGGUGAAAGGCAACUGUUGCAGUGAGUGGUUUAGAGUACAAAACAAUGGACAUAAGGAGAAACUAUGUGCUAAUGAUUUUCUGGAUCUAGCUCUAGAUGAUGUGGGGAGCCGCAUUGAAAUUAUUUUUGCACCUGUUCGGAGUGACGGAGCGAGAGGAAUUCCUCGGAGUAUUAUAUCUGAUAUUAUCUUGCCUGCUGAUCCUGUGGGUUUGGAGCUUACAAUUCCUUGUUGCUGUGAGGCUGAGGAGGUGCUUCCGCACAAGAGAUAUUUUGGUGGACAUGAAGGUCUUGGCGAAUGUAUUUGGUAUAGAACAAAGAAUAAGCUUCAUGGAUCUGAAUUGAGUUGCAUUUCUGAUGCAUAUGAUAAUAUUGUUAUCUGUGGUAGAGAUGGAACAUACACACCAUUUCUUGAUGACGUGGGGGCAUAUUUGGUGUUACAUUGGGUUCCAAUUCGCGAAGAUGGGAAAUCUGGGAAGGCAUUGGUUUCAAUUUGUAAUGACCCAGUUUCCCCAGCUCAACCAGUUGUCAGAAAUAUUUGUGUGAGAGCCUUGAAUUUGAGCACUUAUUCUGGUGAAGGAGAGUAUUUUGGGGGAUACGAAGGAUCAAGUUUGUUUAGUUGGUAUAGAGAAACGGCUGAGGGCACUAUUACUUUGAUAAAUGGGGCUGAUUCUCAAACUUAUGAAGUCACUGAAUCAGAUUACAAUUGCCGUUUGUUAUUUGGUUAUACACCAGUUCGUUCAGAUUCAGUUGUUGGAGAACUCAGGCUUUCUGAUCCGACAGACAUUAUUCUUCCUGAACUGUUAAAAAUUGAGAUGCUUGCUCUCACUGGAAAAGCAAUGGAAGGAGAGGUACUCACUGCUGUUGAAGUUAUUCCAAAUAGCGAGAGCCAACAAAUUGUUUGGUGCAAGUACAAGCAAGAUGUGAAAUAUCAAUGGUAUUAUUCUUCAGAUUCUGGGGAUGCCAGAUCCUGGGAAUUAUUUUCUUCAGAAAGUUCCUGUUCUUACAGAUUGCGCUUUGAAGAUAUCGAUCGCUGCCUGAGAUGUGAGUGCAUUGUUACUGAUAUCUUUGGAAGAUCAAGUGAGGCCGUAUGUACUGAAAGUACUCCUAUAUUGGCAGGAAUACCUAGAAUUGAUAAACUGGAGAUUGAGGGAAGAGGAUUUCACACUAAUUUGUAUGCUGUUCGAGGAGUUUAUAGUGGAGGAAAAGAAGGAAAAAGUAGAAUACAGUGGCUUAGAUCUAUGGUCGGCAGUCCUGAUCUCAUCUCUAUUCCAGGGGAAGUGGGAAGAAUGUAUGAAGCUAAUGUUGAUGAUGUGGGAUAUCGGCUAGUUGCAGUAUACACCCCAGUGAGAGAAGAUGGAGUUGAGGGAUACCCGAUCUCGGCCUCAACAGAACCAAUAGCAGUCGAGCCUGAUGUUCUCGAAGAAGUGAAGAAAAAACUUGACCUUGGAUCUGUGAAGUUCGAGGUAAUAUGCAACAAGGCUCCAUCCUCCAAAAAGAUUUUGGAUACUGGGGGUCUUGAGAGGAGAAUUCUUGAAAUUAACAGAAAGAGAGCCAAGGUUGUGAAGCCUGGUUCUAAAACCUCUUUCCCGACUACAGAAAUGCGCGGCAGUUAUGCUCCCCCAUUCCAUGUGGAGGUUUUUCGCAAUGACCAACAUCGGCUGAGGGUUGUGGUUGACAGCAAAAACGAAGUAGAUAUUAUGGUGCAUACACGCCACUUGAGGGAUGUAAUUGUGCUUGUUCUUCGAGGUUUGGCUCAAAAGUUCAACAGCACAUCCCUAAAUUCUUUGCUGAAAAUAGAAACAUAGGAAUUUGUUCAGAGUGAAUAUGUGCAAAAGGUCAUUUCUGUCAUGUCCAGUGAGGUUUGUUUCAUAUCUGGUUUAUUUUCCUUAUUUGUAUGGAAGUUGUCAUUGUAGGCAAUGGCAGAUCGUGUAUCUAUAAGUUUGGGUGUCACAUGUAAGUUUGUUAUUUGUACAAGACAAAGAAAUUAGAAUUUAGAAGACCUUGAAUCGUAUUGUCAUUUCUGAAAAGAAUCUAUCUUCUUCAUCAUGCAAUAUUUUCUUGGAA